AUGACAAUGAAACAACGAGACCCGUGAGAUUCGCCGAGACCUCUGGGCCGAGCGAUUGACUUGGGUCGGAGAGAGAACCACAAGCCAUGUCAUCGUUCUCCGGGUCGACCCGACCGUUCGACGACGACGGUUACGUCGGCUACGAUCCUCGCCUCCCGUCUCAGCGAUUCGGCUCCUUCUCGAAUUUCGAAGCUAAGUCAGUGAAGGACUCGGCCGCCGGCGACUCGUCCCCGAUCUUCUCCUCCAGCCAGUCGUACAGCGCCGGAAACGAUGUAUUCUCCUCGCAGCCGGUUCCCGAUACCCCUUCGCCCCCGUCUGUCUACUCCGCCACCGGAGGAUUCUCGGAAUUCUCGCCGGGGCCGAACGGCGAGGGCUUCGAUGGAGGUUUUGACUCGUCGGACGGCUCGAUCCUGCUUCCGCCGGAGGAGAUGGAGCCGGAGGAGGGCUUUGCUCUGAGAGAGUGGCGUAGACUGAACGCGAUUCGAUUGGAAGAGAAGGAGAAGCAAGAGAAAGAGAUGUUGAAGGAGAUAAUCGAGGAAGCGGAGGAGUACAAAAUUGAGUUCUAUAGGAAACGCAAGGUUACUAUUGAGAACGAUAAAGCUGCUAACAGGGAGAAGGAGAAGCACCACCACCAUCAUCAUCAGAAACUAAAAAGGACGCUAAAACCACUCCUCCCGCCGCUGGUGGUGCUAGUGCUGUUCCUCCUAAGGCUGCAGCUGCGGCAUCUCCCGAGGCGUUAGCUGCCGUUUGAGAUUGAAGCAAGUGUUUACAGAAGAAUUUGUAUGAUACUAAACAGUGAUGAUAAUGUAGUAGUGGCUGUGACUCAGAUAUGCUAGAGCUUGUAUGAUAUGUGGAAGUGAGUCUGUAUGUGUGCAUGGUAGUUAUGUGUCUAGCCAAUGUAGAAAGGUUUUCAUUGUUGUCUA